AUGACGCUAGUGCCUGGCCUGCGGCCCCCGUGCCCCUUUGAGGUUCGUAACACUGAUAAGCACAGCAGACAGCAGCGAGUGAGCAACCCCGAUGACGAACCCCAGACACCCCCGAAUCCUGACUCCGGCCCUUCCCACGAAACCGCUCCUGAUCCUCUCGCCGACAAUGAUGACGAUACUGGCGGAGGAUUUGCACCCCAGAUCACGUUCAAGGGAACCAGAUUGAUCAACCUCCAACUGGACUCGCCGACGGUUACCAAACAGCUCCUGAAGAUUGAUCUCAAGGACCGAUAUGACAAAUUGACCGCGGUCUACAAGGAACUGGAGCAGAAGUUCUACGAACCUGAAAGACUCAACUCUGAACUCCAGGACAAGCCCCGCAAUCAGGAAGGAAAAAUCAUUCGUGAGCGAGACGAGGCGAUGGCUCGCUACCAACGAGCAAGAGAAGAGAGAAACAACGCGCGAGCUGACCCGGAGAAAGCGGUCUCUCGAGCAGCCGCAGCUACGGAAGAGAAGGAUGCCGCUAUUACCAAGCUGCAUGAGAUGGCCAUCAAGAUUUGUGAUCUGCAAACCCGCGCACCGAUUGUGGAGGCGGUCAAGAAGACAACGCGUCUGCCAGACGCACCCAUGCUUAGCGACGGAGUUGACAUCCGUUACGAAUCCUGGAUGACGGGCAUCAAGAGGAAGCUCACAGGGAAUGCAGACCAUUUCCCCGACGCGAACGCCCGUAUCCAGUACGUGCAGAGCCGUGCCGAGGGACAAGCGUUUCGUCACAUGGCUCCCCGUCUGAACGAGGAAUCGCCCGACCCGUAUAAAGACUACGGAGAUAUCCUCGCGCAUAUGAAGACCGUGUUUUCAAACCCAAACCAUGCGGUAGAAGCACGUGCCAAGUAUCAGCGGCUCACAAUGAAGCCUCGUGACCAGUUUACUAGCUUCCUUGCGGAUUUUAUGGAGCUCGCAAACGAGGCAAAUAUCCAUGUCGAUAACCGCAAGGUUGACCUGUACGAAAAGCUACCCCCGUUGUUGCAAAGCCAGAUGCUGGGGGACUCCUGCGAGGAUGAAGUCAGUUUCGAGACGUUCAAAGAUAGGUGUAUCCGACGCUCUCAUGCGAUCGCCCUCGUCCAACAGAGCAAGACCACCACCGCGACCGGCCGAGGACGAUCGAAUCCAGUCUCCUCUUCAACUGGGGUGGGAUCAUCGUCAUCGAACACGAAGGUUAAGACAGAAAACCCCACAUCGUCGACCUAUGUCCCCAUGUCUGCCACGGAACGUGCGACCCUCAUGAAAGAAGGGAGAUGCUUUGGCUGCAAAGAGCAUGGUCAUAUGACGCGCGACUGUCCCAAAAACACGUCGAAGCCCACUGCCGCUCCUACUGUCGCUACAACCCAGCCCGUCGUCAAUUUGACAGCUCUCGAGGAUCCCGCGGUUGACAACUCGGGAAAAGCUCGUGCCUAG